AUGGACUUCGACAAUAUCGAGCAGGAGGAGGUUUAUAUGAAAGAAGAAGAAAAGUGUACCGCUCGUCUUGCCGAAAUCGAUGCUAAGCUGAUGAAGUACAAGCCAUUCCGCGCCAUGUACGAAAGCACGCCGAAAAUCAUUAUCGCGGGCUCCGGCUUUCAGGCUGUUUACGCGGCAUUAGACCAGGACCGCCUCAUAGGCAAUCUGCUUCCGGAUCAAAUCGCUGCGUUGAUUACCGCCCAACAUCAGCAAGACCAGGAGCAUGCUGAGGUGGUAAAGAAAGUCCCGGCGUUGGGAACUCCUGAAGCAGUGGCCGAGUCUGGCCAGACUACCGCGGAGAGAUCAGCCAAAAUUGUUGAGAUGAUCCGACGAAAUCAAGACCAGCUAGAAAAUGUGCCGGAUGAAGGUGACGACACCGAUCCAAAGAAAGCGCAAGCUGGAGAUGAAGACGAGGAUGCCGAGCUUAUCGAAGAUGAAGAACAAGGCUCAAACGCCGCUGCUGAAGCCUCUAAACACGACUAUGAUGCGCGCGUCAACAAAGGGCUGGACGAAAUAAUGGGCUGUUGCGGUGUCAUCGGCACGGCUUCAGAGGAAGCGGAAACUGUCGCCGAUGAAGAGGAAGACGAAAGCUGCGAAGAAAAAGAAGACGGUGAACUCGAAGACGGAGAGAUCGAAGAAGAAGAGGACAAUGACCUAACGGAGGACACGGUGAUGCAACAAGAGGAUGGCAAAGCACAAGCGCAAGACCAGGAGAUGAAAGUAGACGAAGAAGCAGGCCAGGCUCAAUCUGAGGAGGGAGAUGGCUUGGACAAGGUUGAUGCCGCCACCAUAAAUCUCUCCAGCGGGUGCUCAGUAGAGAGGAUGCAUGACGAAGAAACGGAAGCGACGAGUGUCUUGGACGAUCCUGAAGCUGUUGCCGCUGCCACCGACAAAUCUCCGAUGGAAUGCGCUUCUCCUGAUGACAUUACCAACCUCCAAAGCACGCCGACUGGAUCGCGGACGAAUAAUGAUAUGACCGCUACGGCAUCACGUCGAGAGAAGCGAAGGCUGGCUCGUGGCGAUAGCGAUGGGCCCUCAAAAAAAGUUAUGAUCCACCCAAAUUCAAAGGGAAAGCCAGGGAUGGUCGCGGACGACGAUGAUGAAAUUGAAGUCCUCUGCGUGAAAGUGUCUGACAAGGAUCCGGAGAUGGACCCAGCUACUCUUGCCAUCAACAUUGAGAAGGAAGACUUUGUGCAAGAGUGGCUUUCGAAGGAGGACUUCACAAACUUUGAUGAUCCAGAGCUCGAGUCGAAUGCGAUAGACAGUUGUGACGAUGAAAGCGAGCUGAGGGUGUCCGACAGCGCCAACUCCCGCCUCCAACAGCUCAAGAAGGAUAUUGUCGAGUCGGCAAGAUCUCACGAAUCGGCAGGCACUCGUUCUUCGGCACAGGGGACCGACAAGGAUAACAAUGUCGACAACGAGGUCAUCGAACUCAGUUCCGACGACGACCUGCCCGACGCA